UUUUGGUUUCGGCUGCAAUACAUUAGUUUUUCUUAUCAGUGGCAAAUGCCAGCUGAGGUGGGGUACUGGACUCAUCUUCAAGCUGUGCUCUUUUUCGUUGUUUGUCCAAUUUGGGGUGGUAGCAUUCAAGGACUAGAGUGCUUAAACGAAUUAAGAGGUGAAAUUUCUGUAUUAAAUCUUGGGUUUGUGACAGGCAAAGAAUAAGCUAAGAAGCAAACUUGCUGCAGAAAAGUAAAGUAGAGGGACAGCAAUUUACAUGGAGUUCAGGAAGGUAUCUCUUUCUAGAAAGCUGCAAUUUUAAUGUUGAGAAGUGUUGGAAGGCCUCCAGUCUCACCUGGGGAUAAAAAUCCUUGAUGAUUCAAAACUACGAGGGUGAUAAUUUCUCAUCAUGGCUAUUGAUGAUGAAAAUCCCUUGUGAUGGUCACUAUUUGGCUUUCAGCAAUUUGUUGGUGCUGAGAGAUUGAACUAGUUUCCGUAAACAAAUGAUGAGUGUGGAUUACUAUUAGGAAUGUAUAAAAUUUCUGACCAAGCUGCUGAGGGGGUUACUGAAACAUCUGGACAGAUUGCUGGUCUCUUUUUUUUUUUCUUUAUAAAGGAAAUUUUUCAUUUAUGUAUGGAGGAAAAACUUGGCAUGACACGCUAUAAAACCCAUAUUUACAACAAAAACUCCCCAGUCCUUAGCCUAUACUUACACAGCAACAUAUUUCACAUAUGAUAGUGAGAGAGUACAUUGUUGUUUGCAUGGCCAUCAGGUCUUGGGUUCAGGCAUGGAAGAAUUUAAAAUUAUUGUUUCUCGGUUCAUGGGUCGUGCUAAUUUUUUUCUUUUGUUCAUUUCUUAAAAAGGAUUCCUGGAAAAUAUUGAAAUUUUGAUCAAUUGAGGCAUAUUUUGUUUAUUAUCCCUAGAUACCAACUGAGUUGGAAUGCUUAAAUUGUGUGGAAACGUUGCCAUUAUUUGUUGGUGGUGAUCCAGAUGGAGGCAGGAACAUUCAAGAAAUAGAAUACUUAAAGGUAAACAAGAAGCUGAGAAAGACAAUAUAUAUUUAUAUACUCUGCCAUCAUGCUGAUGUUACAUUUGUAGUAAAUUAUAGAGACUAACUUUAUGACAAAUGCAGAUGGGUGGUGUCCAGCUGGGGCACAAUUUUGAUAUUCUAUUAAUCCAUCUUAAUCUUUGUCCCUAUAUACAAAUUCAUCAUAGAGAUUCCUACAAGGUGAUUACUAAAAAAUUAAUUUCCUCACAAGCAAGUUGAUACUGAAAGUAGUUUUCUUACUAAAGACAAAAUUAUUUUUAAUUGAGGAUUUUAAUCUUGUUCGAAUAUUCCCUCCAAUAUUCUCUCAUAUACACAAGGCAGAAGCAUCAUAAUUUAGUUUCCCAAAUUUUCUGAUAGACAUUUCUUAGCAGCAAGAAAGAAAAGGAGAUAUGGCUGACAUUGUCCUGAGUUUUGUAGUCGAGGGGACACUAGCCAGGGUUGUUUCCCUUAUCACUGAAGAGAUCAUCCUUCAGUGGAAUCUCAAGGAGGACCUGAAAAGGCUUCAGGAGUCGCUAGCCAUGAUUCAUGAUGUCCUACAAGAUGCAGAAGAGCAACAGGUGACUCAGAAAGCUGUGAAACGUUGGCUGAAAAAGCUCAGAGAUGUAGCCUAUGAUGCUGAAGAUGUGAUUGAUGAGUUUGCUUAUGAGAUUCUUCGGCGAAAGGUGGAGAUCCAGGACCAACCAGGGAAUGAGGUACGCAGCUUCUUUUCAUUUUCUAAAGGUACUCAGUAUGUAAAGAAGGCUGCAUUUCAUGUUAAAAUGUCCCAUAAGGUGAAGAAUAUAAACGAGUCAUUGGAUAAAAUAAAAAAGGAAGCAGCUGAAUUUGGACUCAAAGUUAUAACUGUGGAUAGGUUGCCUCAAAUAAGUCUGGACCGAGUGACAGACUCCUACCUUGAUAACUCCCAAGUUGUGGGAAGGGAAGAUGAUGUGUCUAAAAUUGUGAACUUACUGACCACCUCUUGCAAUCAGCCUCUCACUGUAGUUCCUAUAGUGGGCAUGGCUGGUCUUGGAAAGACAACUGUGGCAAAACUGGUAUGUAAAGCAGCAAAGGAGAAGAAACUUUAUGAUGUGACUAUGUGGGUCUGUGUUUCUGAUAAUUUUGAUGAGCAGAGAAUUUUAGGAGAAAUGUUACAAACUCUUGACAAAAACACAGGUGGAAUGACCAACAAGGAUGCAAUACUUAAACAUCUGGAGAAAGAGCUGGAAAUGAAAAGAUUUCUGCUCAUACUUGAUGAUGUCUGGAAUGAGGAAUCUGAGAAAUGGGAGAGUUUGAAGAGUCGUUUGUUAACAAUUUGUGGGAGCAAAGGAAACGCCAUUGUUGUUACCACUCGUAGUGAGCUGGUGGCAUCAAUAGUAGAGACUUCUCUCCACUGCAGACAUAAAAUAAGAGAACUAUUGAAUGAUGAAUGCUGGUUCAUUAUCAAAGAACGAGUCUUUGGAAGUGGGGGAGCAUCAAUACCCUCUGAUUUGGAGGCUAUUGGAAGGGAGAUUGCCGAAAGAUGCAGAGGUGUGCCACUAGCUGCAAGAGUCUUAGGUGGGACAAUGCGUAUUAAAAGGGACAAAAAAGAUUGGUUGUCAAUUCAAGAAAGCAAGGUUUGGGAGGUAUCAGGAUAUAAUGACAGGAUUUUGCCUAUAUUGAAACUAAGUUUUGAUCACUUGCCUUCAUCUUUGAAGGCAUGUUUUGCGUACUGUUCAAUUUUUCCUAAAGAUUUUUGUAUUGAGAAGGAGCAAUUAGUCCAGCUUUGGAUGGCUGAAGGAUUUUUGGGGACCUCGAGUGAAAGUUCAUUGAUGGAAGCUAUUGGUAACAAGUAUUUUAACGACUUGCUUGUCAAUUCAUUCUUCCAAGAUGUGGAAAGGAAUGUGUAUGAAAGAAUAAGAAGUUGUAAGAUGCAUGACCUUGUACACGAUCUUGCUCUCUCUGUUUCAAAUGAAACAAUGGCUCUGGAGGCUUGUUCAAAUCUAGAUGAUAUGUCACAAAUUCGUCGGUUGAAUCUUAUUUGUGGAGGGAAACCAGCACCAGCAUUGCCAAAGGGUGGUUCAGGAAAACUGAGAUCUUUCUUUGCAAAGGAUGUUUUGCUCUACGAUGAAUCUUGGAAGUUCAAAAGGUUGCGGACACUAAACUUGGUUGGUUCUGGUAUUAGAGAGUUGCCAUUUUCAAUUGGCAAGUUAAAACAUUUGAGAUACCUUGAUGUCUCAUGGACUGAAAUUGCAGCAUUCCCUGAUUCCAUCACCAAGCUUUACAAUUUGAUGACACUUAGACUAAUUGUAUGUACAUCACUUAAAAAGCUUCCUGAAAAUAUUAAAAACUUGAUCAGUUUGAGGCACAUUGACUUUUCUUAUGGUGUCCAGAUGCCAGCUAAUGUGGGAUGCUUAACUAGUUUGCAAACGUUGCCAUUAUUUGUCCUCGGACCAGACAGGGGCGGUGCCAUUCAAGAACUAGAAUGCUUAAAUGAAUUAAGAGGGAAUUUGGCAAUCAUCAAUCUUGAGCAUGUCAAAGACAAACAAGAAGCUGAAAAAGCAAACCUGCAAGAAAAAAAAGGAUUGGUUGCAUUGCGAUUGACAUGGAGCUCAAGUAGAGAGGACAAUUAUAAUGAUGAGGGUGUCUUGGAAGGCCUUCAGCCUCAUUCAAACAUAGAAAGCCUGGAGAUUGAGAGUUAUGGUGGAGAAAAAUUCCCAUCAUGGCUGUUGAUGAACAUUUCUACUCACAGUAAUUCUUUGCAUCUGAAUAAUUUGGUGAGGCUGGAAUUGAAAUUCUGCGAGAACUGUGAACAAAUCCCGAAACUUGGACUUCUUCCUCAUCUUAAAAUCCUGAUGAUAGCCAGGUUGGUCAAUGUAAAGCGCAUCAGUAAUGAGUUCUACUACAGCAAUGGCAGUGAAAUAGCCAACGAUGCAUGCAGACUUUUUCCUGUCUUAAAAGAAUUUUCUCUAGCUUUUAUGAAUGGCCUAGUUGAAUGGAUGGUACCGGAUGUGGUCAGAGAAGGCUGCACAAUUGCAUUUCCUUGUCUUGGAAGUUUGACCAUUAGAUGGUGUCAUCAGUUGACAAGCCUACCAAUAAGCUACCUUUCAUCGCUCACAAAACUGAAGAUCAAUGGCUGCGGUGGACUGAGUUAUUUAUGUGAUGUACUUCAUGCCUUCACUUCUCUUGAAGAAUUAUCAUUAUUAGAUUGUCACAAGUUGGUGUCCAUUCCAAGCAUUCAGGGCCUCACAUCUCUUAAAAAUCUAGAAAUUGUUGCGUGUUAUAACAUAGUAUCUCUUCCAAGUGGGCUACAAUCCUGCACUUCUCUGGAGAAAUUGACUAUAACAAGCUGCUCAAAGCUAAUGUCAAUUCAUAAAGACUUGCAGGAACUGCGAUCUCUUGUUUAUUUGUACAUAUCAAAUUGUCCAAGUUUGGCUAGCUCUCCUCCAGACGACUGCUUAAGCUUCCUCACUCAAUUGAAGCAACUAACAAUUGGCUCUGAAGAAUUGAAGGCUUUCCCUGGUCUAGAAUCAAUCAAAGAAUCCCUGGAAGAGUUAGUGCUGAUAUGCGGGAAGAAGGAACUCAAGUCUCUGCCAAGCCAACUUCAGAACCUCACUGCACUGAAGGCAUUGCAGAUUGUCAAUUUCACCGCAGUGGAAGCUUUUCCAGAGUGGUUGGGAAAUCUUAAAUCUCUUGAAAAGCUGGAAAUUGGGGGAUGUGAGAACCUGAUGUAUCUACCCACAACAAUGCAAGAUCUCUGCAAAUUAAAGAGGCUGAAAAUUUAUGGCUGUCCCUUGCUUCAGGAAAGGUGCGCCAAGAAGGGUGGGUCUGAGUGGCCCAAGAUUUCUCAUAUACCAGAAAUCAUUAUCAGUCAAUUCAGAUGAUGGGAUUAAAGGUUGUGAGAAAUGAAGCUGAGGAAGAAGCUAAAUGCAUGAAAUCUAAACCUUGGUAUUCAUUGAAGCUUGGAAGGAAGAUUGAGCAACAAUGAAGGAGGAAACGUUGAGGGCUCCAAUCUUAAGCAUGGAGGCUUGAGUCCUGACACUUUAGCCAGAACAGAAAGGGGCAGAAGCGCGGAUCCUGAAUCUAUUGCGAAUUUGAAUCCAUAUCACCAUGUGAUGAAUCCAGAUCCAGAUCCAGAUCCAUGCUUUAUUUGAAAAACGAAAAACAAAGAGAUGCCAACGUUCUUAGCAUUUAACUGCUGCAUGCUAUAGAAGUUUUUUGUUCAAAACAGUUAUAAGGUUACAGGACAAAAAGGUAGAGAAUAAAAACGUUGUAACACUGCACUUGAAUAUUGGCUAGCCAUUUUCAGAAUCAAUCCUAGAUAGAAUUCAAAACAAUCAAAUUUGUUACGAAUCAAACCGCCGAAUCCGACCCAGGAAACUUAGAAACAAACUGAAGCAGCCAUUUAUGUUUAUUGCGAGGAGGCUUUGCCUUUCGUCAACCACCAGCUCUGAAAAUUGGGGCAAGAUCCCAAGAGAAUCGCUGUCAUCCUCACAAUAAAAGCUCAAGGAAAACAACAAAAAUCCACAAUGGCACCAGAGACUUCAAGCUUCAUAUCUACGGACAAAUUAAAUGACUCGAGAUUCACUUGAGUUCUAAGCCAUAAUCACUAUGUUCGUGAAAGGGAAACCAGGUCCGAAUCAUUGCACCUUAUUUCCAGGCCAAUAAAGCCCCGGACGCGGAUUUUUGGAAUCAAUUUUGGCUGGGCUCGUUGUUGGGCUGAACCAUCCAGCAGUCAGGCCUAGCAGA